AUGCCAAAAUUCACGCUUUUCAGUCACUAUCUCCCGGCGGCGGCGAAAGCUGCAUUUCUUCAUCUGCUCGGCAUCUCGGAAACAGCAUCAAUUUGGGACAUCAAGACUGCGUUGCUGGUAGCUCUGCUUAAGGCAACAUUCACCGAUCCUCGGCCGGGAACUCUUCUGGAUUCCCAGCAGGCUUCACUUCGAGAGGCCAAAGCCACCAUCCCAAUUCACCUUUUGAAAGUCGAGCUUGCACUCCCAGCCGACACAGACCUCAAAAACGUUGCUUUUGCCGCCAUAAAACGACUGGGUAGUGAUAGGGAGACAUUUACAGAGCCAACUCUAAAAUCUAUCAAGGCAGAAUGGGUUGGUCAUCGAAAGACCCUUGAAACUGGGGAUGUAGACGGGUCAGAGGCAGGAAAGUUUUCGGCUCUAAAGAGAGAUAUGCUGAAUCAUAUCACGAUACUAUACCUCCAUGGUGGACAAUUUUGGCGCAUGGGAAGGUCACUACGAAAAAUUACGGAUUCCUUGGCCAAGGAAACUGGAGGGUGUUGCUUUGCUGUCCAAUAUCGCCUCUCUCCUCAAAACCCUUUCCCUGCUGCGUUAUUAGACGGACUCGCAGGCUAUCUCUGUUUACUCUAUCCACCCGAAGGAGGUCUACAUGACGCAGUGCACGCAAAUGACAUCUGUUUUGCUGGCGACAGUUCCGGUGGAAACCUAGUCCUCGCCUUGAUACAGCUGAUCCUUGAAAUCAGGAGGCCGAAUGGAAAAGGUGGCAUUGUGUGGCAAGGAUCCCAGAGAGAGUUGCCACUACCAGCUGGGGUUACAGCUCUUUCACCAUACAACGACAUGACCCGUGCUUUGGACAGCAGCGAAAGGUCGAACUAUAAGUACGAUAUCAUCCCCCGGCCUGGUCCACCCUUCUUAGGAUUUGACCGAUGCAGCAUUUGGCCAGCCAGUCCUCCACGACACCAUGUUUAUGCUAAUGAUGAUAGUCUGGCUCAUCCUCUGGUAUCCCCAGUAACAGCCAAAGACUGGUGGGGCGCACCUCCUACGUGGAUUUGUGUUGGAGAAGAGUGCCUGGCAGAUCAAGGACUACUGGUGGCUCAAAAUAUGGCUUCGCAAGGAGUUACUGUCGCCGUGGAGCAGUACCAGGCUAUGCCUCAUAACUUUGCACUGAUAAUGGACCAUCUAGAAGCAUCCACAAAAUGCAAGGCGCAGUGGGCAUCGUUCAUUCGAGACGUUGUUGACAACCCCCUUUCUAUUGAGACACGAGCGUCCAAAUGGUCUGACAGGGGACGCACGAACACCAAGCUGGAUAUUGAUAAAUUGGUGCCUAUCUCUCCGGAGACCUUGGCGAAGAAUAUGCAUUCUGAGAUCGAGAAAUGGGGAUCACCACUACCCUAG